UAUAACAUUAAAGGACGUCCUAUGAUGUCACAAAACAGGAAGAAAGGAGAAGAACGCAUGCGAUUCGGCUUUACUAACGAAACUUUUCAACGUGUCUUUUCUUCAAAUUAGUUUUUACCUACUGUCAACCUGCCCAGAAACACUUUCUGCUUUAAAGAGACACAGAUAUUCUUUUAAGCUGGCGAAGCAACCGGAAGCUCAUUGUUCAUGAUGUCACAGGCCACCAAACGCAAACACGUUGUCAGUGAGAUUUAUGGAGACUUUGUCACGCCCACGGAAAACCAGCAGAUCGUAAAGGUCACCGGUAGCCGUGGUAACAACCUCCAUGAAGCUGUCACAGCCCAGGGUGUGACUUUCCUGGUGAGCAUGCCCCCCAAGUUCCGCAAGAACCUCUGGAUCAAGAGAGGUGACUAUGUGAUUGUGGAUCCCAUUGAGGAAGGAGAGAAGGUGAAGGCAGAGAUCAGCUUCAUUCUCUACAAAGACCACAUUCAGAACCUGCAAAAACUACACCUGUGGCCAGAAGGGUUUGCGGAGGAGCCGUCAGAGCCGGACAAGACGGACAAACAGCAGGACAAGGAAAAGAAGACGGAGGAGAAAGACGAGGAGUUCAGUUACUCUGAAGAUGAUGAAAGUGACAUCUUUGUAAACACCAACCGCUGCAACUACCAUUACAGUGAGAGUGAGGAGGAGGACAGUGAGGAAGAAGAUGACGACAAAGAGAAAAGGACAGAAAAUGGUUCAUAGUUCACAGCACUGAGGACCCGGACGACCAAAAAUGAGAAUUGCUGCUGCGGGUUGACUGAUUUGAAAUGAUGAGGCUGAUGCUGAUACAACAGCUCCCUCUGGACUCUGGCCUGUUGUAGCGAUAAAUGGCUGGGCUCGUUGAAUGGACCUAACUUAAUGCAUCAGAAUAAGUCUUGCUUGUUUAUUUGAAUU